UCACUGUCAUGUCUUUAUAUGAUUGAACAGGCUAAGUGAUGGGUGGAGUAAUUCUAGGCUUUCCUGGACCAUGGGCUGAGGAUUAUUGCGAAGUCGCAGAUCAUUAUACAACAAAAAUUGGUGGCCUUCCGGACUGGCCUAUUCCAAGGGAGUCAAUUCCAUCUGAUCUGCUUGAAUGUGGUGCUUGUGGAAGUAAUCUCUGUCUUGUUGCACAGGUUUAUGCUCCCAUUUUAAGUGGCACUUUGAAGAUUGAAGAGCGUAUUAUCUACAUUUUUGGCUGUGUAAUGGAAAAAUGUGGGGACAGUCUCCUUAGCUGGCAUGCUAUUCGCGUUCAGAAGUCCUAUGAGGUAGAGGGGAGCGCUUCCUGCAAACAAGUGACUCCAUCAACAGUUCCUUCUGAAUCAAUUUCAAACAGUAACAAAUGGUGGGAUGAAGAUUUGUGGGCUUGCAGCUCUGGAGAAGAAGAUGGUGAUGGAGAUAAAGACGAUAUAGACCUGGAGGAGCUGGGAAGGGCACUGUCUGAAGCUGCAUGCUUGGCUUCUCAUUCCAAAAAACAAAAUAACAGUGGUAUUCCUGAGUCUGCUAGGAAGUGCUCACCAGUUAGGCAAGAAGUUGGAGUUGUUCAUGCCAACAUACCAGUGGUUCCAUGCUUCUAUAUCUAUUCUCAAGAAGAGGCAGCAUCAAAGGAUCUAAGCUCUGUAUGUUCGAACUAUGCCUCAAUCUCUAUCAAGGAGAAUCAAAGUGACCUUGAUAGUCUUAAAGAGGAAGAAACGUGGGAAGAAGAAAGUUAUGAGUAUGAUAGAGCUCUGUAUGCUGAUAGGACCUACUUGAAGUUCAAAAAAUGGAUUGAUGCACAUCCAGAACAAUGUUUCAGGUACUCAUAUGGUGGAAAGCCACUUUUGGCCACAAAAGAGUUGGGGGAACCUGGGACUUGUGCGCUUUGUGGUGCAUCCAGGCACUACGAAAUGCAGCUGAUGCCCUCAUUGUUAUUUUUUCUACGGGAAGCCCGUGAUGGUUCAUCAACACAUACGCCAGAUUGGAAUUGGAUAACACUAAUUGUAUACACUUGUUCCAAGAACUGUUCACGAUGGUCAAAUCAAGAGAAGUCCAAUAAUGGGGGUUGGACCGUGGUGAAGGAGGAUGUUAUUAUACAAAAUGAGGAUUCAUUGCACGGGUCAGCACGAAUUAGUUACUUUUCAUGAUCUGCAUUCUGCACCAGAGGGAAAUGCCAUCAGUUGGAGGUACCCUUCGCUUUGGUAAUAUAG